CCACACCUAAUGGCCUUCACAUUACGACGACUUCACACGACUUUCAAGUCGUACGAAUCUAUACCGGGGAUCGGUUGUUAGCGGAUGCGCAUACAAGGAUAAAACAGAAAGACAUGAAAACAUUGUCUUGAUUCCAUAACAGCAACAUCAUAAGCUAUACAACUAAUAUAUUCUCUCCUGUUGCCGGUCCCAUACUAAUAUCAUCAACAAACCAAACCACUAUACAGCGAGACUUAACGUUCUUGGUUCUUAUGUCUGAUCAACAGCAUCAUCCGUCACCGACCCGAGCACUCUUUACCCGGCUGACCGUUGUUUGUCCCUCUCUCACUCACUCAUCCCAGCGGCCCAGACUGAGCUUCGAGUUUGAUAUAUUUAUCUCUUCUUCGUUACAUACGCAAAUCGUUACCCCUAUUUCCUAUAUCAGUACAAUCUAUUCGCGCGUAUCCCACUUUGCUUCCGUUCGCUACACAGCGCACAUCCCAAACUUUUUUGCUCUCUCCUUGAAUUGCGAUUUCUUUUCCCGUCUGUAUCCGUCUGCGUCUCUUCUGUCUAUCUUGUUUGCUUUUUUAUCCUUCCAUUUUUUCUAUAUAUCAAAGCCACAGCAAGAAGAACCAAUGUUAUACUGAUACCCCUUCUUUUGUCUACCAUGAUGUGUAUCUAUCAAUAAUUACAUAUUUGUCGUCUUCUGAGUGUCC